UGUGUUUAGAAAACACGUACUAGUAUAAAGACACGCGAUCCCAAGAAAACACAGGAGGAGCAUCUUACCUUGAGCAGCUAUUUAGAUACUCUCCUCUCUCCCUUGUCUAUUUAUGCCGACAAAAAACAACUAUCCCAUCUAAUCACUUCGGUCUUGCCCUCGACAACUCAAACAACAAGAUGAGUCAUCUCCUUAGCUUGAGCGCAACAAUCUCGUUAACCACAACUCACUCCCUACACAAAUCCCCAAAAUAUCCAUUCCAUUCCCUCAUUUCCAUUCCAAACCCUAGACACAAAUCAUCUCUCUCAAUCUCUUCGAUUCUCGCUCAGGAAUCGGAGCGCCCGACUUCUUCGCCCUUCGAUUUCAAGUCGUAUGUUCUCGAGAAGGCUGAUUCUGUCAACGCCGCGCUCGCCGCCGCGAUUCCGUUGCAGGCGCCGGCGACGAUUCAUGACUCGAUGCGCUAUUCUCUUCUGGCCGGCGGGAAGCGUGUGCGCCCCAUGCUCUGCCUCGCCGCCUGCGAGCUCGUCGGCGGCGAUGUUUCCGCCGCAAUGCCGGCCGCUUGUGCGCUGGAGAUGAUUCAUACGAUGUCGCUCAUGCACGAUGAUCUGCCGUGUAUGGAUGAUGAUGAUAUGCGGCGCGGCAAGCCGACGAAUCACAUGGUGUUUGGGGAGAAUGUGGCGAUUCUGGCGGGGGAUGCUUUGCUGGCCCUGGCGUUUGAGCAUGUGGCGAGGAACACGAAGAAUGUGUCGUCGGAGAGGGUAGUGAGGGCGGUGGUGGAAUUGGCUAGGUGUAUUGGCGCCGAAGGCUUGGUUGCAGGUCAGGUGGUUGAUGUUUGUUCUGAGGGGGAUUCGAGUGUCGGGUUGGAGCUUUUGGAAUUUAUUCAUGUUCACAAGACUGCGGCAUUGUUGGAGGCUUCGGUUGUGUUGGGGGCAAUUGUGGGAGGUGGAUGUGAUGAGGAUGUUGAGAAGUUGAGGAAGUUUGCGAGGUGUAUUGGUUUGUUGUUUCAAGUGGUGGAUGACAUUCUUGAUGUGACCAAGUCUUCUCAAGAAUUGGGGAAAACGGCUGGGAAAGAUUUAGUGGCGGAUAAGACUACGUACCCGAAAUUGAUUGGGAUUGACAAGUCGAGGGAGCUUGCGAAGAAGUUGAAUAAGGAGGCUCAGGAGCAGCUCGUUGGGUUUGAUGCAGAUAAGGCUGCGCCGUUGGUUGCUUUGGCUAAUUAUAUUGCUUAUAGGGAUAAUUGAGGUAGAGAAAGGGGUGUGUAAUCUAGGCCAGGUUGCAGAUGGGUGAGCUUCAAACUUCCAUUCCUAGAGCAUUUCGACUCCAGUGCACGUUGUCAAAGUGUAAAAUGCUCUUAGUUGGCUUUGAUUUUAGCAGAGCUUAAUUGGAGUCAUGGAGUGCACUUAUCAAUAUCUGUGGACUGUGGCCAAAUUAUGAACAAUAUGAUUGGCAAGUUGAUCCAGAAUUGUGCAUCUGAAUUUGGGCAGACCUGUACUCCCUCUGUCCCUCUGAUUUCUAUACACUUUCCUUUUCGGGAUGUCCCAUUCAAUUCUAUACAUUUCAAAACUUUCCUAAAAUAGUAAACUUUUAUAAUAUAAAAAUCCCACUCACCCACUAACUUCAUCUACUUUUCUCAAUCUAUCACUUAAAUAUUAAUGGGUCCCACCACUUUACCUACUUUUCUUUCUCUUUCUUAUUAUUUUACAUUACUUUAUACACUUUUCUUAAUCUCCGUGCCCGAUACAUUUUAUACAAAUGUAUAUAUCUCAAUGGGACGGAGCGAGUACAUAUUAAUGCAUUAGUCCCCAGUUGGCCUGUGGCCCAGGAGAUUUUAAAACAGACUGUCUGACUGUGAGAGGGGAAACAAAACCAUCUAUUAUACGCUACUUCAUGUUCAAAA